UGCGGUUCGCGAGCCCACGGUUAAGGCAUGCUCAUGACGCCUCCAAUCGCCAGAUCCGCGAACACGCAGGCCGACGUGCCCAUUACAGCACAGAGCUCACUACUCCCGCCCACUAGAGAUGGCCGCUCCUUGUCGUCCACUACCAAGUCGUCAUACGCGACGGCGAAUCCGGGCCCGGGCAGCUUCAACUCCCAGCUGACCCGGCCAACGACAUCACAAGAUGGCCGACAGCGCCCAGAGUUUGAUAUGCACGCGAUUACCGUGGGGGACAACGAUGAUACAACCACCGAACAGAGGCAGGCUGAGCUGCAGGACCAGAUUGAGAAGGAGACGAAGAUAAAGAUCGGGUCGGAAAACCUGCUAGAGGCAUUGAAUGCAAAGAACGCAAAGAAUACGAGAGAUCAGAGGCUGCAGGUCGAAGAGCAGCUCAACAUCUCGAAUAGAAAGCUCGUGCAAUUAAAGGCAGUACUGGCCGCAGAGAUCCAAAGGGCAAAGGACGUCAAAUCACCGCCAGCGGAUCCUCAGAGCAGACUUUCGUAUCUAUUUCGUCGAAAUCUGUCGCGUUCGCCGUCGCGGCAUGUCAUCAAGCAGGCUGAAACAGAGGACGAAGAGACAGAGUCGCCAACAUUUGUGCUAGCUGAAAUCCUACAGGCGCUGGAGGUGCAGGGCAUGCAGCCAGAGUACUACGUGGAGCGGGCGAACUCUUUGGUCCUUCUGUUCAAACGACACCCUACGCUCAAGUACGAUCUGGCUUGGUCAAUCUUUGGCUUGAGGAUGCAGACGAUGCUCCUUAGCGAUAGUCGCGAGGUUGUGGCAGCUGCCUAUCGUGUCAUGCGCUAUGCCUUUACCGACCGCAAAUCUCUCCGGAUUAUCCGAGGACUACACACGGAUUAUCUGGUCAUUCUAUCACUGGUGAAAGAGAGCAAAGCUAGCGUGGAGCGCGAGCAGGCUCUGAAGUUCGUCCGAGCCUUCCUGGACGUCAAAGGUGGUGUUGAGGAGAUUGCCCGUGCGGUAGUUCGCAUCAUUGUGGCAGUAGCUGAACAUGCGGAAGACCGCCUCAGAAAUAUUGCAAUCCUGACUCUUGCCGAGAUUCUCGUUCGGAAGCCAUCUCUUCUCGUUACCGCUGGUGGUAUGGGAGCGCUGGCCGAUGCGCUCGGGGAAGGAAGCUACCAAGCUGCUGAGAGUAUUGGCAUGUCCUUUUUGUAUCUUCUAGAUACGCCGCGGCGGCGUCGAUACUUGCGCUCUGGUCGCGAGUUGGAGGCUCCAUUUGCUUUGUUCACCGAUGCAAGCCUGACCCAUGGGUACUUACACGAGGAGAAGCUCAAAGUGAACGCCAAGGUUAUCGCGUCCUUACUCAGAAGCUGGCCGGGGUUGCUUACUCUGUCUAUGAACGAUUUUCUUCCUCUCCGAUCUCUACUUUUAUCAUUACAGAUCCCAGCACCCCAUGUGCGGAACGUUAUCCUAGAGCUCUUGUUCGAUCUUCUCCGGAUCAAGCCUCCUUCAUGGUCUUCCUCCUUCCUCGCAGGCCGACGACUGACCACGUAUGGCCGCGUCACAAAUUUCAAGAACCAACAAGUCAAGGAAGCCACCACUUCUAGCAUCGAGACGGACACAAAUAAGUGGAGCUUACUAGAUCAUUAUGUCUCGGUCGUCCUGGCAGCGUUCCUGCAUGCAGGACUGGUACCUGCGUUGUUGCACGCCGACGAAGAGCCUCUAACACUGCCACUAAAGCGAAAGACAACACUGUUACUUGGAGAAGUCUUGAAAAUGGCGAACGAACUUUUGCCGCCGUCUUGGAGCGCACAACUGCAAGUGCUCCCCCAGUUAUUGCACUCUGCUGCAAAAUUCCAGUCAGAGGACCGUUUUGUUGCCAUUGGAACGAUAUAUCAAGUCGACAGCAUCAACAGAACACUCUACCGAUCAGGACCUACAUCGCUAUACCCAAAUAAGGGUACUGCCAGUGCUGACAACACCUCGUCCAGUCGACAAACUGACCAGUCCAAGGUACAAGCGGCCAUGCAGAUGGAUGAAGCGCAAUUCAGGUCUUUGAUGCUUGAUACCCAGGUCCUAAAUACAGUCUCCUUCCAGAAGUGGAGAUGGGAUUUGAUCCACACCAUCAUUGAGGGCCCCCUGCUGAAUGCUAAGCGUCUAGACGAAGCCAUGAAAGUAACGAAAUUUGUCCAUCGUCUACUAGGAUUUUACCGACCCUUUAAAUACCGAUUUUCUGAGGUCAAGAACACAAAGCCAAAUCAGCGGUAUGUUCGAGCGGGUUGCGCCCUGAUGCACAGUCUCCUACAGAACCCCGAGGGAGUCAAAUACCUUGGCGAGAGCAAGUUCAUCCGUCAGCUCGCAGAAUGCUUGUCGCACUUUGACAGGAUGAGUGGGCUGACGUCGGAGUCGCCCAUAUUCCAAGCAGAUCGCAUGAACGAGACGCUCACCGGCGGUUACUUCGCACUGUUGGGUGCAUUGACGAAAGACCCGAAAGGCAUCCAAAUACUGGAAAGGUGGAGAGUCAUCAACAUGUUCUACCAUAUUGUCGAGCUCAAUGACCGCGACGACUUGAUCCGGACCCUUCUCAGCAACAUGGACUACACCCUAGAUGGUCAUCUACGCAUCAUCAUCUCCAAAGCUAUGACGUCAUGUUCGAAGGAAGUCCGAAUCUUCGCGACCAGAUUGCUACGCAAGUACGCGACGAAGCCAAUGCAGUUGACCGGUACUACUGGCGUUGCGGAGUGGGCUAUCAGGUUACUUGUGACGCAGCUCUAUGACCCUGAUGUAGAGGUCUGCGAAGUUGCAAUCAAGAUUCUCGAAGAGGCUUGCAACCAAACAGAGUCUCUGGAGUUUGUGGUGAAAUGUCGCCCUGCGUUGGAUCAUUUGGGUGAGAUUGGUGCCCCUCUGCUCCUGCGGUUCUUGUCAACGUCGGUAGGGUACCACUAUCUCGACGGACUAGAUUACAUCACGAGAGAGAUGGAUGACUGGUUCUUGGGAAGAAACGAUACUUAUGUGGCUUUGAUCGAAGCUUCAGUGGCUCGCGCUCUAGCGGACAUACCCGAGAAGCCAGCCACGCAUUUGACCUAUGAUGACACGCCUGAACCUACCGAGUACGGGCUCGUGCCUCCGCACUUCUAUCGAGAACUUACCAGGACAAAAGAGGGAUGCAAACUGCUCCGACAAAAAGGUCACUUCGAUGAGUUCGCAGCCUCCAUCCGUGACUUUGCCAUGGAAAAUGAUGAUUCAGAAAUCAUCCUCAAAGUCAAAGGCUGCUUAUGGGCGGUUGGGAAUGUCGGUUCCAUGGAGCUAGGCGCACCAUUCCUUGAGAAUUCCGAUGUAGUCAAGUGGAUUGUGCAGAUUGCCGAACAAUCUGAGGUCAUGUCGCUCAGAGGUACGGCCUUCUACGUACUAGGCUUGAUUUCGAGAAGUCUUCACGGUCAGGAGAUUCUGCUUGAGUACGGGUGGGAUGGGGUCGUUAACGAGGCUGGUGAAGCAUUAGGAUUCUGUCUUCCCUUGAACUUUAACAAGCUUUUUGCGAUGACGCCAUGGGCCGCAAAAUCGGACGACGUUGAGUGGAAGCGCGAAGCAGAAGUCAGAGUUGCGGUCACGGAUAGCGACCCGGUGAAUGCGCGCAUUUUGAAGCAUGCAACCGACCUGGGUAACACGGUGCUAGCAAAGAAGGCUGCAAAUGAUUUACAGACGAUCAAAUCUAAAAAAGUACCUGGAUUCAGCAGGCCAUCCAUCUUUCACAAGGUCAUGCAAAUACUGGAGGCACAUCACUUCCGCCUCCCGGCAUGUCGGUUCGUCCUAGAUCUGUUUGACAAGCGGGUGCUGGAACGGAUUGUGCUUGAAGAGGAAGAGGAAGAGGAAAGCAGUGACUCGGACUACGAGUCAGAACCGGAGCGAAUGGAUACGAACGGCGCAACGAAGACAUGCUGAAAUGUUGCUUCAUGCGAUACGAACCCGAUGUUAUCAUUAUUGGCGUUGGGGAGCAUACAAGAAAGUCAUUGUACCAUAGUUCCUGUGUCAGCUCGAGCAUUCUAACGGUCGGUUCAGGGGGCUUCUUUUGCAUAUGGGAGGCCCAUGGUACUUUGUGUGUGGUACGGGGUGGCCACGCAAGCGUGUCUAGCGUUCAUUCCGGAAGUCAUCGGCGGAUGAUGGUGUUUGCGCUGUCAGGAGGCACAUUGUAGUAUUUGAUUGUGAAUUGAAAGCG